AUGUUCCAGCGUCUUACCCGGCUAUUCUUCAGUGAGGGACCAGCCAAUGAACCCGAAGAGCCCAAAGCUUUUGUCUCCGAGGAGGAAGAUGAUGGCUGGCUUAUUAUUGACAUCCCAGACAGUGAUGCUUCCAGCCCACUGCCACACUCCUUGGGUGAGAGGAUCGGUUGGUCUAUUCCCCCCCGCCCGCCCCACUCGAUGGACGAGAGCUGGUUUGUUACCCCUCCCCCCUGUUUUACUGCAGAGGGUCCUGGCCAAAAUGCGGUGGGAAGCAGUCCACUGGAGGACCUCCUUAUAGAACAUCCCAGCAUGUCGGUCUACAUCACAAGUGGAAGCAUCGUGGUCGGGCGAGAUGCCAGUGAAGUCACUAGAGACAGGUAA